GCAUUUUCUUUGGAAGGUGGAGAGUCGCGUCGAGCAUCGGAACGAUCUUUGACUCUCUCUUUCUCACUAUCUCUCUCUCUCUCUCUCUCUCUAUAUAUAUAUAUAUAUAUAUAUAUAUAUAUACACACAUAUAUAUAUAUAUAUAUCAUACACGUUCUCUCUCUCUCUCCCUCUCUCAAAAUUUCUUUCUUUCUGAUACAUUCGUUCUCUCCAUCCGUCAUCUUUCCCUUUUAUUUUUUACGCCUGUUCCUUUAAUUAUUUUAUUUUUCAUUUUUUAUUUAUUUAUUUUUUCUUUCAUCUCCCCCUCCCCCUUUUCUUUUUGCUUUUUUUUUCGAAAGCAAAUCGAUCGAUUCAUUCAUCCAACUUUGUGGUCUGAUCGUUUCCCUUUGUGUAACGUCACGUAAAUGCAAAUGUUCGUAAGGUACAAUUUAUACGUCUUGUAUGUACUAAAGUAUCGAGAAGAAAGCGGGAAAUUCAAUUUUCAUCGGGACGAAUACGUGUGCGGCGAGAAGGAGGAAGGACAUUGAAAAUAAGACCUGUGGAAAUUUAAUUAUCCGUCGACAGCAGUGAGAUUCGUGAUAUCUUCUUUUUUCUUUCUUUCUUUCUUUCUUUUCUUUCCUUUUCUUUUUGUUUUUUCUUUGGCUUCUUUCUUACGUCAACCAAGAAGUUUUGCGUUUAAAGAAGAGGACAACCCCACGUGUGAGAAAUAUCCAUCUGUCUUUGAAGAUAAAUUUGCCGUUAUCAUCGCACGAGUAAAUAACCUCGGUGAUUAUGGCGCAAACUUAUAAUCAGAAGAAGAACGUUUAUAGCAUCGAUCAAAUUUUGGGCCACGGCAAGGACGAAGAUCAUGCAACAUCGUCCGACACCGUCGGCGAUAAUGGCGACACCGAGCUGGGACAUUUGAGCGAUCAUCAAAUGAGCGACGGUCUUCACGAUUCGUUGAAUCUCGGUGAGUCCGACAGGCCACGAAAGGUUCGUAGGUCGAGGACAACCUUUACUACUUAUCAGCUGCACGAGCUUGAAAACGCCUUUGGGAAGACGCAAUAUCCGGAUGUUUUCACUAGAGAGGAACUGGCAAUGCGUUUGGAUCUAUCCGAAGCCAGAGUUCAGGUAUGGUUUCAAAAUCGUCGAGCUAAAUGGCGUAAGAAGGAAAAAGCUCUCGGAAGGGAUACAAGCUUUAUGCACGUCGAGCAAGGGGGUGUGAACGAGCUGUCCCUACACGCACGUCUACUCCAAUCGGCCGGUGGUGUACCAGGUGCGGAUCCAUCGGGUCCACCGAGUGGCGCCUUUCCGUGGUUCAUACCACCGGUUUUCCCACCCCCGUGGCCAGCAAGCGCACCAAAACUACCACCGUUGCACGCGAUUCUUUCGCAAUAUAUAGGUCUACCAUUACCGCAGAAUUUGGCGUCUUUAAGCACAGUAUUACCUGUAGGUUUAAAUCCAGGAGCUUCUUCUCUCAAUCAUAGCAACGUCAAUGGUCAUACAUUGGGGAAUCAUUUGCACGGACAUCCAUUGAAUCUUGGUGUUCAAAAUUUACCGCAAAAUUUAAGCUCGAAACACGAAAAGGAGGAUGACUCGGCGUCGUCUGACGAUGAAAUCAGAAGACAAAGCGCGGAGGUACUCAGAGUGAAGGCUGAAGAAGUAUUACGUAAGGCAGAUAAUUAAUAAACGAAUUAGAAUGAUUUGUUCUUUUUUUCUCUUGAUGGUUAUCGCUCGAUGGCUGGGAAUAUGAAAAAAAAAAAAAAAGAGAAAAGAGAAAAGAAAAAGAAAACAAUAUAAGAAUGUAACAGCUGUGAUUGGUUAGAACGACGAGUCCAAUACGAAGAGAGAUACAAUCACGGUCACGAAAAAAGUAAUCAUUAUAUUUCCGUAAUGGACAAUCCGUAACAUAUAUACAUAUAACAUGUAUACAUGUACUAAUGUCGAAAGACGUGCCCGGGUAAAUUUUUACUUGGACGCAAAUCUAGCUCGUCGUUUAUGUCCGCGUCACCGUGCUCCUUUUGCAUAUGUCGAUAUCAUAGAGAUAUGUAGUCGAUAUCGUGCGCAUGCAAGACUGCUUGGUGUCGCGUUAAUUGGGACACACGUAUGUACCAUACAAAGUGUAAAUGUAAACACGUAGAAAACACGCGAUUCGCUCCUAGAACGAUUGCGUCGUUUAUAGAGACCGAUCGUUUAAUAAAGCAAACGAGAGACAAAAGAGAAGAGAAGAGGGGGGGGGGACAGGGGAGGUGGAAAAAAAAAUACAAGAAAAGAAAACGAAAAAAAAAAGAAAGAAAGAAGAAAAAGAAACAAAGACAAGGAACGCACGAAGAUAAAUCUCAUGGUGGAUUGGGAGGACGGAGUCCGGAUUUUUUUUUUAAAAAAAUAAAAAAAACAUAAAAAAAAAGAUAAAAAAAAGGAAUAAAAAAAGUACACACCUGUGUGAUAAUAUUAUGUAGUACGCGUGCAACUUCGAAAACGAUGAUGGUUUUCUUUAUGUAAAUAUGUAGGUAACCGAUUAUGUUAAAAAAUAUAUGAGACAGAUAAUAUCAAUCGUUGUUGUAUCUCUACUCUUUUUAACAUCGUUUAUGCCUUCCUUCGUGUCCACAACCAGAGGGGUAAUUACCAUUUUU